GACGGACGACGGCAAACGACCACCACCCACGACGCCGACAACGACAAGGACGACGACUCACCCUUCCCUCCCUCCCGUCGCGGCCUAGGUCGCUGUCGCUCCUCUCGCGAUGAAUAACCCAAACUUCCCCAUGGCUGCUGGGCAGCGUCCCGGCCCCAACCUGCAACAGCAGCUCAUCAUGCACUUCCGCAAGCAGGAACAAGUUCGACCCCCAACACAACCCUGGCAGCAAUCUACCGGCGCCGAGGAGCGCGCCAGCUUCGCCAUCCAGCUGUCCACCGCCUUCAGGCUGGCCAAAGGCGAAGGGGAACACAGCAAGGAUGCCGUCCAGACCGCCAUCCAGAUCGAAGGCACAUGUUUCGUGACCGUCCAGAGCAAAGAGCAGUAUGUCAACGCUAUCAAGAGUAGACUGCAACAACUGCAAGCGAUGCGCCAGCAACGCGUCCAAGGCCUGCAGAACAACCUCACCAUGAAUCCCGCCGCCCAGAUGGCCAUGAUGGGUCAGCCCCAAGCAGGCAUGCAAGUCCCUCGACCGAAUCAACCGCAGCUGCACCAGCAACAGCAGCAGCUACCCCCAGGCUUCCCGAACCCGCAGCUGCAGCGUCCGAUGCAAGCCUCGCCCAUACCUAUGGCGCAUACUCAAUCGACCAUGAGCAACGGCACCGCCAACGGCAUCAAUUUCCAGCAACAGGGUCAGCCUGCUCUCCAGGCACCGAGCAUGCAACAGCAGCAGUCUCAACAACAGCAACCGCCCCAACAGCCCCAAGCGGCCCCGCAGAACGAUGCUGCCGCCCUCACAUUGCUCGCGAGGAAAAUGAUGCAGCAGUCGAACCCGGAGACGCUGGCCAAGUUCCGUCAAGACGUAGAGACCUGGCCUCUUGACAAGAAGCAGCAGCUCAUGAGCCGGGGGAUCGACCCCUUGUUGUUUAGGUUCCGCCAACACACCGAAGGCUUGUUGAAGACGGGCAAGAUUGGUCUGAGUGCACUGCAACAGGCGCGCGCGGCGACGCAACAACAGGCGCAGCAGCAGAACCAAGGGCAAAACCAGCAGAUGAACGCGGGACAAGGCCAGCCCAACCAGAAUUUCGACUUCAAUGCAAUCAUGAACCAGCAGAACGAGGCCCUUCGCGUGCAGGAGGCUGGCCAGCAAGUCGUACCCGCCAGCAACAGCGCCAAUGGGAAUCAGAUAAUGGGAUUCUCGGGCCAGAAUGGCCAACCUGGACAGCAGAUGGCACAGCGCCAGGCACAGGCCUUCCAACAGGCUAAUUUGCAACGUCAAGCGCAACAAGCCCGCGCGCAACACCAACUUCAGCAGCAGCAGCAGCAGCAACAGCAACAACAGCAACAACAGCAGCAGCAGCAACAGCAGCAGCAGCAGCAACAACAACAACAACAGCAGCAGCAGCAGCAACAGCAACAACAACAGGCUGCUGCUCGCAACGGUAAUCCCAUGCUACCGCAAGGCCAGAUGGGUGGCAUGAAUCUCCCACCGAAUGCUCAACAGCCAAACACGAUAAGCAUGCUAAACCGCCCAGUCGGUCAGCCAACUCCCGCAACCCCUCAACAACGCCCGCCUCAGGCACAUGUUCCGGUCAUGACCCCCCAGCAAGGACAAGCCCACGUAGAUCCUCAAGUCGCGACCCAGCUGAUUCGCGAAGCACAACAAAGGGCUGUUGCUGCAGGCCAACCUCUGACUGAACAACUUCGACUGUCACUGUUGCCGGCCAACCUGGAUCCCGUCAUUAAGCAGCGUCUUCUAGCAAUGCCGGAGCACAACUUCCGCCAAUUCGUUGCAAACAACUCGCAGGCCAUGCGCCCGAAUGGUGGCAUGCCCAAUGUCCAGUUCCCACCUGGGCAGAUGACUCCUGGACAGGCUACCAUGAUGAUGAAUCCGGCCCUACAGCAACUGGGGGGUGCCCAGAACCCGAUGAUGAAUCCCGCAAAUGUGGCCAACAUGGCUCGCACAGCAGGCAUGCCUAUGGGCCCCCAACAGCCCAAUGGCAUCGCCAAUCAGCAAAUGCUCAUGGGCCAGCAACAGGGAGUCAUGAGCCAACCGGCACGAUUGGCGGCUGCCCGAAGUCUCUUACAGCAAAGUCCAGGAAUCAUACAACAGACCGACAAUACACAUUUCCCGCCAACCGUCCUCAAUCCCCAGCUUCGCCAGUCGCUGCCUCCUGAUGUUACGACUUGGGCACAGCUUAAGCAGUGGGCCGGCCAGAAUCAAGCUCUGGUCCCUUCACUUGACACGAAUAAGCUCGUGGUUCUCCAAGCGCUUCACUUCCAGGAGCUUAUGAUGCGACAGCAGGGAUUGAUGGGGAAUGCACCUCGCCCCCCGCAAAAUGGCCCUGGCGUUAUUCAGAAUGCUCCUGGCGCUAUGGUGCCGCAGGCCCCAAUGUCGGCGAGCCCUGCACCUAACCAGACUCCCCAGCAGCAGCCUAACAUGCCCGUCAUGCCUCCGAUCACGGUCACGCGCGAAGAUAUCUUGAAGGCACGACAGGGGCUUCCGCCGGCGCAGCAAUCAGUGGUAGGGGAUCAUCAGCUACAUCAGUUCAUCUUUAAUAGCAGGUUACAGCAGAGGAAAAACCAACAGGCAGCUCAGCUGAAGAUGAUGGAGAAUCAGGCACAGCAGCGGCAACAGCAACUGCAAAUGCAACAACAGCAACAGCAACAACAUCAACAACAGCAGCAGCAGCAGCAGCAGCAGCAACAACAACAGCAGCAACAACAACAGCAGCAGCAGCAUCAACAAGUUCCUCAACAACAACAAAUGCCAGGACCACAGCGUCAACCUCCUCAGCCGGCCCAGCCUCAGCCAACCCCACAACCAAAGCCGGCUGCCAAACCUCAGCCAGCCAAACCUGCCGAUGGGAACACUCUGAACAAGGGGGUCAAGCGACCAUCUGAGGACAGCGCCGAGGCAAACAACAAGGCACAGGCGGCGAAUAUGGCUCCACAAGCCCCCGCUAUGGUGCCGACCAAGUCUCAGACAGGUGUGCCGAACCUCACCCAGGAACAGAUAUCGAAAUUGCCUCCAGAUGCACAAGCUCGCAUGCGCGCCCAGCUCCUCAAAGCGCAAGAAUCCUCCAACGCAAAACCGCAACAGAGGUCGCCGCCCGGAUGGGCCGAGCUCAGCGCAAAGAUACAGCAGCCAGAACAGUUCCAAAAGUUCCGUACUCUGCUGAUGGAUGAGGAAUCAAAAUCGCCCCGCGGGCCUCCUGUCCCAUACUCGCCGGAGGCCAGAGCACGACUGCAGGAACUGGUGAGCAACAAGCUCAUGCACCUUCGCAAGGUCGAACACGCUCUGCGCAUUUUCCACGUCGCCUAUCCCUCCGAUUCGUCUGAAAGCAUGGCUCGCGAAAUUAUGCGGUCUCGACUGCACUUGCUGCGGAACAUCAAUCCCCAGACAGGGAAGUUGAACGACGAGUUGACAAUCAGCGCCGAAGAUUUUACAAACAGCAUCAAGCAGAUUCUCAACUUUGUCGGACGUAUCAUGUCAAAGUUCCAGAAUCAGGGCAACAAUAAUGCACCCCAAGCACCCCAACAGCAACCGCCGCAAAAUCAACAGCAGCAGCAGCAACAGCAACAGCAACAACAUCAUCAACAACAACAGCACCAGCAGCAGCAACAACAACAACAGCCGCCGCCGCAACAACAGCAGCAGCAGCAGCAGCAGCAGCAGCAACAGGGCGACGGUAGACAACCACAGCUCAACGCUACCAAUUUGAGAAUUGUGGACCAGCAGCAACGUCAAAACAAAGCCCCACAAGCACCAACUGCUGAACGACCUCCCUUCCAGCUUGGCAAUCAGUCUCCGAGUGGCGCGCCCAAGUACUUCGAGGGAGCACCGAAGGUCACCAAUCUUCAUCUGCCAGACAACAAGAAGCGCAAAUUGGACCCCUCGAGCCAGACGCCGACACCGGGAGCGAAGGCAUCCCCGCGGACCACCAAGGGCGCUUCACCAGAACUCAAGAGGACUGCCCCGCCCGAGAAACCUGUUGAGCAGAAGCCGACGUUCAAGUGCAGGACUGCGGACUGUGAUUACUCCAUUCGAGGAUUCGAUACCCAAGCUGAGCUCGAUGCUCAUAUUAAGGAUGCGCACGCUAAGAUCGACGAUCCCCUUCAGUACGCCAUCACAUCGUUUGCCGAUGCUCUGAAUGUUGAUGCGAAGACUGGGCAAUUGAAGAGCGCCCCUGGUGCAAAAGCUAGCGCGAAGCCGGCUCCUGCGGCGAAUAAGACGUCUCAGCAUCCUCUCAAGGCCGGACAAACACCAAGUGUCGCACCCAACGUCGCAACGCCCGCGGGAGGUCAAGCUGCAGCCACCCCAAUGACCCGUGUCCCAACGCAGCCAGGCAUCAAGAGUUCUCCAUCUACAAACCUUCUGAAGACUCCCCAGGCAGCUGGUAAGGCUCCGACUCCAAGCAGUGCUCCAACUAAGGCGACGCCUUCGGCCAAACCUUCUAAAGAAGUCGAGCCUGCCGUUACGGCCACCGAGGAAGUGGAGGAGUUGGAAAACCAGCCGUUUGCUCUAUCUCUGUUUGACUGCUCCUAUGAUGAAAUCUACGGUGCUCUCGACGCCAAUGGGCCAUUUACUGUCCUGGAUCUCAAGGAUGAAGAUACUUCGUGGGCUUUGCGCGAGUCUCCAAUGGACACACCGGACUCGUCAUCCAAGGACACGCCGUCCACAAAGAAUUCGGACAUCUCGGAAAAUGACAAUCUCCAGAUCAGCGUGGAUGUGGGUCUCACUGAUAUUCCUGACGCUUGGUUCUCGGCUGUCCAAGGAAAUCCCUUGCCUCUGGAUGCACAACUAUCUCAAGAUCUUCAGACAUUGGGUAUGGCGCUUCCGCUCAUGGAUAACAAUGACAUGUCUAUGUUCUCGGGCGAUUCUUUCCUCAUGGACCUCGAUUCCAUCGAUUCCAAGGCCGUCGAAGGCAUGACCCUGGAUCCGUCCCUGUUGGUCUGAUCACGAAACGACUUCUACUUUUUUGCACCUAUUCGGAAGAUUACAACUUUCUGAUCUGCUGGCUUUAAUCUCUGGUUACCUUCACUAUUAAUACAGCUUGAAGGUGAAUCACUUUAUCUUGUUUUUCUUCUUUUCUAAUAGUUGGCGUCUUGCGGCAUUG